AUGGCCCAGGUUGCUCUUAGCUCCACGCUACCUCUCGCCUCUCCGCACCACGACCAACAGUAUCGCCAUCCCGGUCGAGCCAACAACGGGCUCGGCCCUAACGGCCUCAUGCACGCCUCGGCCUCGGCCUCCCUUCCUAGGGGUGCUGCUGAUGGUGCUUCGGGCUCUUACACUCUCGCCAAUCCCUCGGCACAACCACCAUCCACACCAUCCUCCCUCCGUCCACCAGAUCAAGAGAUGCCAACCACCGCUGCUUCUCUCAUGCGCGAAGGUCCCAGGGACUUUACCGUGAUCAAAGAUGUCGGCGACGGAUCUUUUGGUACAGUCUGCUUGGCCGACUGGAAGAGUCCAUUACCAAGCGGCACCAUGCUCUCACCCAUGCAACAUCCAACCACACGUCCCGAGUACAUAGGCAAGCGUCUCGUUGCCAUCAAAAAGAUGAAGAAGCCCUUCCCAAACUGGCAGGAAUGUAUGAAACUCAAGGAGCUCAAGUCGCUCCUCACAAUACCUCCGCAUCCCAAUAUCAUCCCGCUCUACGAUGCUUUCCUCAUGCCUACCACCAAGGAGCUUCACUUUGUCUUUGAGUGCAUGGAAGGCAACCUCUACCAGCUCACAAAGUCCAGAAAGGGUCGUCCGCUCGCCGCUGGAUUGGUAGCCUCCAUCUACGAACAGAUCGUCCUCGGUCUGGAACACAUACACAAGCAUGGCUACUUUCACCGUGAUAUGAAGCCAGAGAACUUGCUCAUCACCACCACUGGACUCGCCGACUAUCCCAACAUCCAGCCAGGUGCACCGCCAGACAAGGAUGUCCUCGUCAUUGUCAAGUUGGCCGACUUCGGUCUGGCUCGCGAGACUCUGAGCAAGCCUCCCUAUACCGAAUACGUAUCAACCCGUUGGUACCGUGCUCCCGAAGUUCUUUUGCGAUCCCGCGACUACAGCAAUCCCGUCGACAUGUGGGCAUUAGGUACCAUCCUCGCCGAGCUCGUCAAUCUCAAGCCGCUCUUCCCCGGUCACACUGAAGUCGACCAAGUACUUCAGAUCUGCGAGAUUCUCGGCGAUCCGAGUCACAGCUACGGCAAUGACUCGCGCUCCAGACGCAACGGUGGUGGACCCUGGGACAAAGGAAUUCGCAUGGCGAGAGCCGUCGGCUUCCAGUUCCCCAUCUGCAAGCCCGUCAAGUUCUCUCGUCUCUUUUCGGAUCGCGUCCCACAAAGUCUUAUCGAUUGCAUCGAGGACUUGCUACGCUAUGAUCCCAAGGCUCGACUCACUAGCAAAGACUGCGUCGAGCACGAAUACAUGAAGAAUGAAGCGCCGCGACUCCGACCGCCACAAGCGCGGCCUGUUGUCAGUGCAACCUCCCCAAGACGUCCACAAGGCGCCUUUGCUCCGAACAACGGCGCUUCACGGCCAAUCCCUCCAUCCCACUCUGGUUCGCUCUCACCGCAUGCCAAGCCGCCGUUCGGAGCUGCCGACUCCAACCUCAGACCGCUCGCAAUGCUGCGUCAAGCCGAUGGCUCAGCAGUGGUCAUGGUCAACGGCAGCCGUGUCGACACCAACGCCUCCGGCAAUGCCACUAACAGCCCCGCUGCCGCAAACAUGCACGCUUCAACCGCAUCUCCUAUGCAAGUGGAUGGAGCCGAAGUGCACUGGUCUCCUCCGGUGUCCUCGAUGAACCGCCAAGUGUCUCUCUCAGGGUACCCCGCUUUCCCCGAUUCUGCCUCCGUCUACGCGCAAAGCAGCUCCGCUCACCACGAUGGGCCCUCUUCUGGUGCACCAUCAUCCGACGCCACUGUGGUCCUCGGCAAUGCAUCUAUGGUGCCCUCCAACGUCCAGCCAACCGAAGCGACGCUUAAACACACCGAUUAUCGUCAUGGUCAAGCUUUGCAAGCGCAUCAGUACGAGCAGUAUCAGCGCCAGUAUCGACAAGAGGCAGGUCAAGUGCAAAGGGGCGGGUAUGAAGAUCAGGCCGCCGCCGCAGCAGCGUACGACCGCGAACAAGCUGCUCGUUCUGGCGCUUUCGUGCCAUAUGGUGCUCCCUACCCUGGCGCCGGCUCAUCUGGCGAUCUCUCGCAGAAGAAUGACUCGAACGCCAGCAACGAGACCAUUGGCUCGCGCGACAAGGAGCGACGAAGAAGCAAAGCAUGGGGUCUCAACAUUUCUUCCGUCUUUGGUGGUAGCGGCAGCAAUGGCAGCGGCGGAGGUGCUGGUGGCGCAGGACCCAGCGCAACACAUCAUUACGCCGUCGCAAACGCCGCCGCUGUCCGUAUGCCGCCCAACGGCAUAGCCGCGAAUGGAUCUACGCAAGAGCUGCGGACCUCUAUGGAGCCAACUCCCGCUCAGAGAAUUGCUGCUGAGCAUGCCAACACUCCUGGUCAGCCCAACAGUGCGCCAGUCAAGCAGCUCGACCCGAAGAAGGCCAAGAAGGAAGCCGAGAAAGCGGCGAGAGAAGCUGAAAAGGCAAGGCGUGAGGCGCAACAAAAGGCCGCUCGUGAUCGCGCACGUGCGGUCAUGCAGAAGCGUAACCAGCUUCUGGCUUCUUCCAACAGCAAGGAUCCAGUCGAGUGGCUUGCAGGCACGAUCCAAGCAGAGGAGCCCUACCGAAAUGGACCCAGUGAAAAGGCGAGAGGCAAACAACCUGCAGGGCCCGGCUCGCAGCUGUCGCCUUCCAUGCCCAGCUUCCCCUCGGGCGAAUUCCCGAGAUCGCCUCUUCAGCAGCCUAUUCACGCUUUGGGCCCAGACUACGGCAUGGCUGCCAACGCAGCCAUCACGGGUCCUAUGGCGUGGCGAGGUGUCGGAGCUCGUGGAUACACUCGCAGCAACAAGGCACGUAGGCGCGAGCAUGACGACGAUCACUCGAUGUCAAGUUUCGAGGAUGCCAUCGAUCCUCGCAGGGCCUCGAUGCAAUCCUACCAGACCGGUGACAGUGAUCCCGGGCCAGGUACAGGAUCAGGUCAACACCUGCCGCAAGGACACCACAUUCAGCGGGCCAGCUCGUCCUCUUCCCUAGCUUCAGCUCCGUCUCUGUUGGACCAGCGCCGCUUUGCUCCAUCGCUCGAGUCGCAUCGCAGCUCCCAAGAGACACGUUCCAUCAGUUCUUUGGACCAUCAGCUCAUCACCAACAUGGAGAACAUGACGGCUGCAGAAGCAAGGACACGCACGCCUGGCAAUGUCUCGCCAAGUCCAGCUCAUCUUGUUGGUGCCCGUCAGUCACUGAGUCGCCAGAGCCGUGCCAACAGCCGUGCCUCGUCUGCUUCGGCACAUCGACAAGGUUCAGCUUCGCCUUUGCACCACGCUAGUGGUAUCCCACGCUUCCACCCGUACUCGCACGGUGGGCCUGUAACGCCAUCGACUGGCUAUCACCCUAAUUACCAGCUCCCACCGCUGCACCAAAGUCUGCAUCAAGGCGGCGCGCCUGAUCGAGGUGACGGAUCGGUCCCUCCAAGCUUCCACCCCAACGCUGGUCAUGCUCAGCAACACGCGCACCAGCAUCAUAUCAACCCUAUCUUCCAUGUGCCUUCUGGCAACAUGGGCCAUGGCACUACACUGCCGCCCUUCUCAUCGAUCGCAGCUUCCAUCGAUGCACCUGCCAUCGAUGGCAAGGCCACGCAGAUGAUGUACGCGCAAACGCGCCCUUCUGGGCCGUUGUCGCAGGGUUGA